GCAUGGCCGCUCACAGGUCUCUCUCUGCUACGGCCUACGAGUUGAAAAGCUGUGAGCGGCAUGUUGCGCAGCGCGGGGGGGCAGCUCGCUCGCGAACAGGUGUCGUUCGGUGCCGCCGCGUUAACAAAAUAAAUAGGUUAUGAGUGUAACUGCAAUAUCGGUCAACAUUGUACAUACAACAACAAGCACCAUAAAUAAGCUUAAAUAUUAUGUCGGACCUGGAGUUGGGCACGCAGGCAGGACGAAGGAGUUAUGAGGAAAUAUUGAGGCAACGGCAGGACGAUGGGGGACGUAAGACCGCGUCGACAAACGAGCAGGCCCGCGUGGAGGAAAUCGUGCUCAAGUUCUACCAAUCGUGCAGGGAGGGAGAGCCGGUCCUGCUCAGGCCGAAACAUGUUCAGUUUCUGAAGAAAGCAGUCACUCAUUUAAACGACACUUACGAGUGUUUAGACUCCAGCAGGCCUUGGCUGUGCUUCUGGAUAUUGCACUCACUCGCGAUACUGGGGGAGCGACUGGAAAACGAGGAAUGUUCCAAGAUAGCGGGCUUUCUGGCCAAGUGUCAAGCGCCAGAAGGCGGCUUUGGGGGAGGCCCGGGACAAUAUCCGCAUUUAGCGUCUACGUACGCCGCGGUAAACGCGCUAUGCACCAUCGGUACACAAGAAGCGUACAAUGUGAUAGAUAGGAAGAACUUGAAACGGUUUCUGUACUCCGUACACGGGGAGGACGGCUCGUUCUGUAUGCACGAAAACGGCGAGGUGGACAUACGCGGAGCGUACUGCGCCCUCGCCGCCGCCAAGUUGACAAACGUGUACACACCGGAUAUGUUCAAAGGCACCGCCGAGUGGAUAGCCAAGUGCCAGACGUGGGAGGGCGGUUUCGGCAGCUGUCCGGGAAUGGAGGCGCACGGCGGAUACGCGUAUUGCGCACUGGCGGCACUGGUGAUGCUCGGAAAAACGGAGCUGUGCCGUUUGCCGGAGCUCUUGAGGUGGAUAGUAAAUAAGCAGAUGCGUCUGGAGGGCGGUUUCCAAGGACGUACGAACAAACUGGUGGACGGAUGCUAUUCGUUCUGGCAAGGCGCAACGUUCCCGUUGAUCGCCGCUAUCUUGUCGACGCACGGAAAGGCGUCCAACAGCUCCGACCACUGGUUGUUCAACCAAGAGGCCUUACAAGAAUAUAUAUUAACUUGCUGCCAGAACCCGCACGGCGGUCUUCUGGAUAAACCGGGAAAAAAUCGUGACAUAUACCACACAUGUUAUGUUCUCAGUGGAUUAUCGAUUGCGCAAAACUCACCGGUUAAGUCGAUCAUCGGAAGAAGGAUCACGAAUAAGGUGGAGGUGAUCCAUCCCGUCUAUAAUGUAGAAUACUCGGUCGCGAAAAAGGCGCAGGAGUAUUUCCCUACUUUAUCAAUACCCGUCGAUUGAUUCAUCUUAGCUACUCAAAAAUGUAUUUAACCGGGUUUGUAUGGUUUUCCUAAAAAGAGAAAAGAAAAGAAAAAAAAACACCCCAAAGAUGGAAUUUUAUCUCAAACUGACCAAUGACGCGCGCAAAGAAAGUUGUUUGUAUAUGAGAAUCCAUUAAUGUGAUAUAUAUAAGAAGAGAACUUAUAAGAUGCCACGUUAACCGAUCUUCGAUGCACAUUAUUCGAUUAUUGAAAAUUUAAAAAAAAAGGUCGCAUUUUUUCCUAUCUUAACUUUAUUUUGUGUUAAUAAAGUUUACGGAGAAGAU